AAAUCAAAGUCAUCAUAGAUUGAUACUACUUCACAACACAAGUGUGAAGACUCUCACAAAUCAACACUCACUGCUCACUGCCAUAAACAAGGAAGAAAGGAAGAGAAAGUGGGGGAAAAAGGUUAGGUUGCUGGUGGUGGUGGUGGCAUGUUUUUUGGAUUCUAAAAUCUCACUCUUUCUCUCUUUAUAAAAAUCUAAACGCCAUGAUCAUGAAUUUGAUCCGCAAAUUUGGCUAAUCAAGUGCCUUCUCACUCUUUUCUUUUUUUGUUUCUUCUUCUUCUCCCUUUCUCUCUCACACAAACACAAACACACACUCUCAUCAAAACCAUUUCCCAUUACCCAGAUCUCCUCCGAUCUCCGACCACUCUCCGGCCACAAAGCCACCUUCCAAAUCCACCAAAUGUGCUAACUUUGCCACUUCCAACCAUCUUCUCCACACUCUUCUUAUAACACCACCUUCUUACACACACCCUUUUCAAUUUGUGAUCGACCCAGAAGGCUAUUCAACGUUGUUGGGUCGAAUCUGGUCCAAAGUUGUGUUCUUUGGGAGGUUUGAGGAGGACCCUUUUGAGGCUUGAGAUCGAUGACGUCGGGGACGAGGCUACCCACGUGGAAGGAGAGAGAGAACAACAAGAAGAGAGAGAGGAGAAGAAGAGCCAUAGCGGCGAAGAUCUUCGCGGGUCUGAGGAUGUAUGGGAACUUCAAACUCCCAAAACACUGCGACAACAAUGAAGUCCUCAAAGCUCUCUGCAACAAAGCUGGUUGGACCGUUGAACCCGAUGGAACCACUUACCGCAAGGGAUGCAAGCCUUCAGAGGGCAUGGAGAUAGUUGGUGGAUCAUCAGCAGCAGCAAGCCCUUGCUCAUCUUACCAUCCAAGUCCAUGUGCUUCCUACAAUCCAAGCCCUGGCUCAUCAUCCCCUUACUACAAAAUUCCCAAUCCUGAUGGCAACUCCCUCAUUCCAUGGCUCAAGAACCUCUCCACUGCUUCAUCUUCAGCAUCCUCUCCCAAGCUUCCCCACCUCUACCUCCACAGUGGCUCCAUCAGUGCUCCUGUGACGCCUCCUCUGAGCUCUCCAACCGCCAGAACGCCACGAAUCAAUGCUGAGUGGGACGAGCAGUCUGCGCGGCCAGGGCCCGGAUGGACCAGACAGCAGCACUACUCAUUCCUGCCAUCUUCUAGUCCUCCCAGCCCCGGCCGCCAGGUUGUUGACCCUGAAUGGUUUGCUGGGAUCAAGCUUCCUCAUGUUAGUCCAACCUCACCAACAUUCAGCUUGGUCUCCUCAAACCCUUUUGCCUUCAAGGAACAUGCUUUGCCCUCCAGAGGUUCGCCAAUGUGGACUCCGGCUCAGAGUGGAACAUGCUCUCCUGCUGUUCCACCGGGCUCUUAUCAGAAUGCUGACAUUCCUAUGUCUGAUGCCGUUUCGGAUGAAUUUGCAUUUGGAAGCAACGUGUUGGGGCUUGUCAAGCCUUGGGAAGGAGAAAGGAUCCAUGAGGAAUUUGGAUCAGAUGAUCUUGAACUCACACUUGGUAACUCAAAGACCAGAUGAAGUCACAAAUAUGAAUUGAAUGUGAUAAUGUAAACAUUGACUUUUGUUGGUUUUGAUCAGUAGAUAUGUUAGAAGGUAAGUGAGGUGGUGAGUGCAAGCAGUUGUUUUCUUUUAUCCUUUUAUUUAUUUUUAUUUUGGUGACUUUCCCUUUUCAUUCUAUAGUUCUCCAGUAAUAUACAUGUUUAUUUAGAUGUGGAGUGGAUUUGCAACCCAUUCAUUUCAUCGUUGUACGUGUUGUUAAACCUUAAUUAUUGGAAACAUCAGUAUACAUUGUAUGGAUUGGCUUGGUUUGCCACUGACAGAACUCCACAGAUUGCAACCUAACUCAAUGGCAAAAACCCCUUGUGGAAAUUUGAUGGAAUGGUCCGAUUUUAUUGACAUGAGUUA